UAGUGCCUUCAGAACAAUGGAUUCUAUUGAAAUGGCUACAAUUUCAUUGAAGCGUCCUCUUUCAACUGCAGACCUCAUACCAGAUGAGUCUAAGAGACAAAAAUUGUCAGAGAGCUCCUUUAUUGAACAGUCUUUAAAUGAACUUCAGGAGGCUGUGGUACAAUCCGAAAAAGCCAUAGAAAAAGAGGAUACUGCCAAAGUACUAACUGGGAAAAUUGAGGAUGAAGAAAGCGAGGGCGAGAAUGAGCUCCUGGUGGAGGAGUCUGGAGAUGGUGACCAGGAAAGCUUUGCUGAUAUGAUGAAACAUGGAUUAACUGAACUUGAUGUUGGAAUCAUUAAGUUUGUGAGCUCACAUGAAGGGUUUUCUGGUAUCUUAAAGGAGAGGUAUUCCGACUUUGUUGUCCAUGAAAUAGGGAAGGAUGGUAACAUCAUAUACCUGAAUGACUUGUCAGUCCCAUCAGAUGAUGAGGAUCCAUCAGAGGAAAUAUUCUCUGUUCUUUCAGCUGAAGACAAAAAGCGUUUAGAAGAACUUCAGCUCUAUAAAAAUAAGGAAGACAAUGUCGCUAUUGAGGUAGUUGAAGACACCAAAGAGAAAAGGACAGUCAUUCAUCAAGCUGUGAAGGGCUUGUUCCCUGGACUUGAAACUAAAACAGAAGAUCGCGAUGGAAAGAAGUAUAUCAUAGCCUACCAUGCAGCUGGCAAAAACGCUUUAGCAAAGGUCAGAACAACUUCAGAUCCACGUAAGCAUUCAUGGCCAAAAUCCCGUGGUGCCUAUUGCCAUUUUGUAUUGUACAAAGAAAACAAAGACACAAUGGAUGCUAUUAAUGUGCUCUCCAAGUUUUUAAGAGUUAAGCCCAAUAUAUUUUCCUAUAUGGGGACCAAAGAUAAAAGAGCUAUCACUGUUCAGGCAAUUGCGGUUCUCAAAAUAACUGCACAGAGACUGGUCCAUUUAAAUAAGUGUUUAAUGAACUUCAAGUUGGGAAAUUUCACAUACCAGAAGUAUCCGCUCAAGUUGGGUGAACUUCAAGGAAAUCAUUUCACAGUCAUUUUAAGAAAUAUCGCUGGGACAAAUGAACAGGUAGAGCAAGCCAUGACCUCACUCAGGGAGAUCGGCUUCAUAAAUUAUUAUGGCAUGCAGCGCUUUGGUACUACUGCAGUUCCAACUUAUCAGGUUGGAAGGGCUAUUCUUCAAAACAACUGGGAAGAAAUGGUAGACCUUAUAUUAAAGCCAAGACCAGGAGCCGAGAAAGGUUACUUAGUUCAGUGCAGAGAGGAGUGGGCAAAGACGAAGGACCCAGAAGCUGCACUCAGAAAAUUGCCUGUUAAGCGUUGUGUGGAAGGUCAGCUGCUACGUGGGCUCUCCAGAUAUGGUGUGAAGAACAUUGUGACUGCCUUUGGCAUAAUUCCUAGGAACAACAGAUUAAUGUAUAUCCACAGUUAUCAAAGCUAUGUCUGGAAUAACAUGGUGAGCAAAAGAAUUGAGGCGUACGGACUAAAAGUUGUACCGGGUGACCUGGUGCUGAAAGGAGCCACUGCAGUCGUUGUGGAGGAAAAUGAAGUUGACAGUUACAGCAUUCAUGAUGUUGUGAUGCCACUGCCAGGCUUUGAUGUAAUCUACCCUAAGCACAAACUUGCUGCAGCUUAUGAAGAAAUGCUUGCGACUGAUAAACUUGAUAUUAAGAACAUGAGGCAUAAAAUAAAAGAUUACUCUUUAGCUGGAGCUUACAGAAAACUUCUGAUACGACCUCAGGAUGUUAGCUGGGAAGUUGUUUCCUAUGAUGACCUUAAAAUCCCUCUAGUUGGAACUGAUCUGGAAAAGCUGGAAGGAAAGCCAUUACCUGUCUUCAACAAAGAUGGAAAAUACCGGGCACUGAAGAUGGAAUUUUCCUUACCUUCCUCCACCUAUGCUACUAUGGCCAUCAGAGAAGUACUGAAAAUGGACACCAGUAUCAAGAAUCAGACUCAGCUGAACACUGUGUGGCUGCGAUAAGCUUCAUUUUAUA